CUUACAGAUCAAGCAACCCAGCCUUGCAAAACUGGGAGCAACUCAUGCAAACUCUGUUUCUUUCUUUUCGUCAUUGUCUCUCUCUGUCCUUCUCUCUUAUCUUCUCUGUAAUUUUUAUUUUUCGUCGCCCCUCCCCACUCCGUCCAUCUCUGCCUCGCCGGCCGGUAAGUCUCUCUUGUCCGUCUCCACAUUCGUCUACCUGUCCCUCUUGGAUUCUCUCAUCACUCUCUCCAUCUCUCUCAGUUCGCUCUCUCUCUUCUCCCUGUUGUGCCGCCGCCGCCAUCCAAGCCCUACACUACGAGCAAGCCGUCCCUCCCUUCGCCACCAAUACACCUCUGUUUAUCUCUCUUCUCUGUACACGAAGCUGCAACCCGUAGCGGCUUCACACCACCGUCGUCCUCCGCUCCACACCACUGUUUCCCGCACCUCGGUCUCUACCCUGCAGUCGCCACCUUUCACGCCUCGCACUCCGUCCAGCCAGAGCACGUUUCCGUUGUUAACACGUCGUAUCCCACCGCUGGCUGCCACACCACGUCCAGCCGUACCGCCUCAUUCUAUCGAACAUCCUUCGCGCAACACCAUUCGCCCACACAUCCGACCGACUACUCUCCGAGUUGGGUUAAAGAGUUCACCCCGAGUACGGGGCGUGACACACAUGGCCUCAAAUCUCAUCCGAGUCCCUUCCUAUGGAGCCGAGAACCAGACAGAACUCUCUCUAAGGCAAGCCUUUGAGCUUCUGGAACCUAAACUAAGACCCCCAUUUGCAUUAACAAUCCCAGACCAGCAAGAAUAUGACCAGCUCAACCGGGCCAUUGUUUACGGGUUUUUAUGCGAACCCCAUAAUGCAAAAACCCAUAUUAAGCACUUACAUGCACUUGUCACUGAUGGAUAUGCCUUAUUUGUCCAUUUGCUUGUCAAGGUUGUUCAAGAAUUGUACACAAAACUUGUUGAGUCGGUGAAAAAACAGUUGGUUUGGGUUGCUAAGGAGAUGAUUGAUGUCUCCGGGGUAGGGGUUGAUGGACUUUUGGUGUGCUUACUGAGGCAAAUUGUUGGUGGAGAUUUUUCUGAGGGGAAUCUGUGGCUGUGCUCUGAGUUGGUGAGAAUCUUUUUGGCCAAAUGGGAUUGCUUAUUAGAAGCGGAACCACUAGUUCUUACUAGUGCUUUAUACACGUAUCUUCGGUUAUUGGCUGAUCAUUGUAUGUUAGUGAAUAAUGCGAAUUUAGAGGCAUUGAAGCAGUUGGAGAUUGAUUUUUGUGUCAAAGUAUUGAGGGAGCAGUUUCAUUUGUGUUUGAGAAUUGGGAGGGAUUUUAUUAGAGUUCUUCAAGAUUUGGUACACGUGCCCGAGUUUAGAGCUAUAUGGAAAGAUUUAGUAUUGAACCCAAGCAAGUUUAAGACUCCAGGCUUUUCUGAUAUUUCGCAGUUCUAUCACACAAGGACUUCAAGUCGGUAUUCUUUACUUAGGAUUACCCCAGAAAUGGAGACCCAAUUGCGGUUUUUACUCACACAUGUAAAGUUAGGGAGUCAGUGGCGACACCUGGAAUGGUUUGCUAAGAAGUUUCUAUGUGGGGCGGAGAGAGAGACUCUUUUGAGUGACAUUGUUCGGUUUAUAUGUUGUGCACACCACCCAACUAAUGAAAUUAUUCAGUCAGAUGUUGUUCCGAGAUGGGCAGUUAUUGGUUGGCUUAUGAGACUUUGUAGGAAAAAUCAUGUUGGAGCCAAUAUGAAGCUGGCUUUAUUUUAUGAUUGGCUCUUUUUUGAUGAAAGAGUGGAUAAUAUUAUGAACAUUGAACCUGCAAUGCUACUGAUGGUAUAUUCCAUUCCCAGAUACAUUGACAUGACUCACACCCUUCUCGAAUUUUUGUUUCUUGUCAUAGACAGCUAUGAUUUACAACAUAAUGACAUUAUAGUUAGGGGUGUAUCAUCAGCUUUCAGUGUGCUUCUUAGGAAAGGAGUAAUUCAGUCUUUGGAUGUUUUGACUUCUAGUGAUGCAAUUUCUCCUUUUCUGAGGGAGAGGCUUGGAAGGUUUUUGUCUGGUAGGAAAAUGGGAUUUAAAGACCUGCAGCCAGAAAAUUUUCCUCACAACUUUUUGACACCUCUGAGCUUGCCAAACUCAUCCUGUGUGGAAACUGUGGCACCAUCACUGAAAGGGCAACUUACCUGCACCCAGGAAGAUGGGUUUGCCACCAAACCUGUUGAUUCUUCUGUUCCAUCCAUUGUGACUAGUGAACACCAAGUUGUUUCUGCGGAGAAUUUAGUUCAAAAUUUUGGGGAAAAGAUUAAGAAGUCGUGUGUAGUAGGCCAUCAGACCUUGGAGGAGGAAUUAUAUUCAUUACUGAAUCUUAACAAUCAAAAAACAAUGAGCGGUACAAUAUGCAAUGAAGUUUUAUCUUCUACAAUAUCAAAGGAAUUUGAGUUGAAUGGUUAUAAAAUAUUUUCUUUACUUCAAUAUCUUCCAGAUAAUCUUGACUGUGAUGAUGAAAUAGGGUCUGCCACUGCCUUACUUAUUCGUGCCUGUAUAUUUUCUCAACCUAAGAUGCAGGACAUGCUUCUAUCCUGGUCAAGGAAUGGCUUUUCUGUGGGAGCACGAUUACUAUCUUAUGCAUCAAGACUAGCCUAUGAGGCAUCCAUGGCAGAUUGUUUGGGAGAUACAAUGGUCGAUAAAGAUUCUGCUAAAAGAAGUGAUUUACCUUUAUUGAUCUUUCAUAUUGAUGGGUAUAUUUCUUUUCUGCAAGGUGAAAAGGAGAGUUCUUUCUCAACUCUUGUUUCUACUGCAAAGAUAGACAAUAAGGUAGUCUCACAGUUGGUAAAUAGUGCUUUUGCUGCUUACAGAGGUUUUCUUGAGUGUUCAAGGACUAUGUUACAUAAAGAUGAUGAUGCAUCUCUGACAAAGCUCCUCAUUUCUGACUUAAUGUCUUGUGCUGAAUGGGGGAGGAAAAGAUUGAAAAGUUUGUUCUGCGGCGUCUUUCAUCAUCUUCCUGAUUUGUCCAUUGGUAAGGAAGACAUGAUCAAGUUACUUGUUAGUCGGUUGGAUCACACCGGUCUGGUUGAUAUACAAUUUGAAAUUGGCUUGAAAAAACUCUCUGUAUUUGGUGAGAACACCAAAACCAUUUUGCACUUAAUAGAGAGCUCUCUUGAUUGGAGCUGUUUGGAGCAACGUAAUUUCUGGGGGUUGAUUAGAUCGGAGCUUGCUGCUUCCAAGGUUCAACUAGAGAAGGUGAUUUUGGAGUUUUUCUGCUCAGAUGAACUGGAUGCUAAAAGAGUUGCCAUUGCAGUUGAAGGCCUUCUGACACUAUGCUGCUGUCGUGCACCCACUCCUGAGCUUGUUGGGGCAAUCAUGUUAUUACCUAGUAAUGUGUUCCAGGAUUUUGCUGCUGCUGUUUUAGCAACAUGGGUUGUGUCUAAUGCCACGAUGCUAUUUGAUAGCUUAGCUGAUUUUUCUGAGAAAUUUGAUAUCAAGACUAGGGAUUCUAAUCUUCCCAAUUCGGCUGGGAUUGUGGUGAAUCAUUCUGCCAUUUUAUGGUUAUUCAAUAAUUUUGAUCCAAAAGGGAUGAAUGGCUCUGAUAUUUUGAGAAAACUCUCCCUAGAUAUUCCGGACAAAAAGUAGUGCAGCAGUUCUGAAGAAUAGUUGAGAAUGCCCUUUUUUAAUCAAAAGAUGAGCCAGAGUGCCCUGCUCUCUACUGAUAUUCCCAACCUCAACAAGAUCAAAUGUUCUGUUAAUAUUUGCUGAGUAGCUAUAUUUGCCAAGCUUCUGUAAAUGCUCCCAAUAGUAUGCUGUUUCAUGCCAAACUAUGGAGAGAAGCCUUUUCCUGGAACUGGAAAGAGUAAUAAUGCCACAACAAGCAGAAUUUCCUGUGGGCUACAUAACUGCUCUUUCUGUGGGACGUAAAAGUUACACUUAAGUAAAUCCAGCAGCUAGCUGGAGCUUUAAGUUUCACGUAGUUCUGAUGUUCCUUGAAGAGAUUGGCGAUCAUGGAGAAUAUAAUGGCAGCUGCAAUGGUCACUUGAAGGCUUCUCUUGGAAGAACCUGAGAUAGUAUGUAUAACCUUUAUUCUUAAGCAAACACUUUUCACCUGAAGUUCAAUCAACCAGAUUUCUUGGAUUUGGGAGUUAUGGGUUGUUUAUGACUUCUUCACAAUUGGCAAGACACAUUAUCUUCUGUCAAAGCUGCUGUUUAAUCUGCAUUAUACAUUUGCGUAGAUAUAUAGGACGUUGAAUCUUUUUUUCCUCAUUUUCUUGUAGGCAAUGCUAUCUAUAUCCAUCACAGAUCGAGAUCAGAUAGAAUCAUAUAUCAUCAUCCAUUAAAAGUUCUUUUUCCAGGGUAUGAGUUCUACUCGAUUUUUGUAAAUUAUAGAGCUGAUGUAGUAGAUUCAUUUGUUGUUAUUUCAACAAUUUUAUUUUAACUGGACCUCUUUCAAGGAGAUAUGAAUUAUGCCAUAUCUAACUCAUUAUAAAAGUCUUCCAUUUUACGUGACACAUACUUUAUCCUUGUGUGCACUCUCGGGUGUGAAUGUGUUCAAAUGCUUAGUUAGUUGUCUUCCCUCAAUAGAUCUGUCAGAAUUGUUUUGCUUGCUUGUUGAAGCUUGGGCUCAACUCCAAUUGAUGCCAAUCAUACAUGCUUAGCAUGACUAUUAUCAGUUUGAGCUGAGAUUAGCUUGGACUGUUUACGAAUGUUUGAAAAGAUUACAAGCGAUGCUUCUGUGGCUGUCUUGCUAAACAAACAAACUUGAAACCCAGUUUAAACUCUGCCAGUUGAAGCUGAUGAAAAGCUUGAGCAAGAUUUUAAUUACCUUUGUUUCACCUGAUGAAAAACUCUGCCAUCACUGUCCAUGGUAUAAGAGUGCUCAUGGGACACUAGACAAGAAUCUGUGUGGGAUCCUCCUGCAGGGAUCAUCAAAAUCAAUUGGGCUGCUGCACUGAAUGAGACUAAAGAUAGUAUUGGUAUUGGAUUGGUGGCUCGUGACCAUGAGGGUAGCAUCUUGGCCACUAAGAAGCUGUCUAAAACUGGCUUCAUGGAGCCACUCUUGGCAGAAGCAAUAGGGGGUUUCCAAGCUGCUGUAUUGGCUAACGAAUUGGGAUUGAACUCUGCUAUUCUGGAAGGGGAUGCUCUGCAGAUUGUUAAUGGGAUCAAUCAUCAGCUUGAAAGGUGGGAUAGUGUGGGAAUGAUCUUGACAGAUACUAGAAUGUUACUAUCUAGGUUUGAGUCAUUGGCAAGUGGUGUUUGUAAGGACAAGUGGCAAUGAUUUUGCUCACUGUCUCUAGCUAAAGCUAGCUGAGGAUUCGGUUGUACUCGUUGUUAGACCAGGUUGUAAUCUUGUAUGCUCUUCGAUUUGAGAUUAAUAAAGUCUUAUGAUUCAUUU